AUGUCAAUACGACCUGUGAAUCUUGAUGAAUUCGCAGAAACGUCUUUCGAAGAUAUCGAAGCGACUGUGAGUCCAGUUAAUUGGCCCAGAUCGAAUACAACAAGACAGAUUUCACCAGCUUCGUCCCCGUUGAAAGCUCAAGGUGGACCUCCUUCGACGGCAAGCUCCGAAAGUACUACUUUUUCCAAGAACCAAAAAAGGUACUCUACGCAUACAGAGAGUGAUGAAGACGGAAGUGCCUUUUUGGACGAUUUUGAAGAGUUUCGAGGUAAGAAAAGAGAUGAUGAUUUAGUGAAACGGCAUUUUAUACAAAAUUAUGACAGCGACACAAUUAAGCAUGGACCAGGUAUUGUUGAGGGCGACAACGGCUACGAUAAUGACGAAGAUGAACUUGCCACACUUACUCAGAGAUUUGCUAAACACAUGCAACCCAGCAGCACCAAUGGCAGAAAUCUGAGCGGAAUUUCAAGACCGAGAAAACAAGUUGGCUCAUCGUUUCACAAACAACCACAGUCAAUGCUCAAUCUGCGCGGACAUUCGAGGGAUCGCAAGCCGUCGAACGGUCGACCCUACGAACUCGCAAACAGCAGGUCUGCAUCGAAUUUGAGGGUGGCUAGCCGACUCAACCCAAGCACAGUGCAAUACAAAAAAUCUAUGCCUGCGCUGUCGAGAUACGAUAUCAUACGCGAGGAAAAUGAGCGGGACGACUAUGACGAGGCGUUCGAAGACGACUUGAAGUUCGAAAAAAGUCUCUUACAGCCCCAAUUUUUGUCGGAUGAUGACGACAAAUCGCCUCUAAACUUAUCACCUUCGCAAUACACUGUAACCGCAGAUGAUUCUUUGCUCACACCUCAGUUGCAUAAAAGGCAUUUCGAAUGGGUUAAACCUAGCCAAUUAGGAAUGUUCAGAGAGCCCGCAAAGUCUUCCAAGCCUAAGAAGAGACUCUCCGCAAGCAGACGACUAAAGACCAUUAAGCAGGAAAUUGACCACAACACGCCCAUGAAAAAGGGUCGCAUGGUUUAUAAUCCAGAAACGCUGACUUGGGAAGGAAACGAGCAGGCCUUGUCAAAAUUUCGUGACGUUGACACCUUUGACAAGAAAGCUAUUGUCAUUAAAGAGAAGCCUGAGCUUCAACCGCCCGACGAGGGUGGUAAACGUUCUAAAUUUAAACAACACGGUAAAGUUGUUGGUCGAAUGAUGUUCGAUCAGGAGAAUCUAUGCUGGGUCAGAGUCGACGGUAACGAAAAGAACCCUUUUAAGGAAAUUCCGGAGUUUUUUCCGCGCACUAGCAAUGUGAACGUUCCUGGUACAGGUAUGAAUGGUGUAUCUUCCAAACGAUCCCAGAGUCAUUUUGCCCCAACCCGGGAAAGUGGACGUUUUGCAUCUACCGCGACUACGCGAUUUCAUUCCUUGGGCACAAAUCCGUCUUUGCACGAUUCCACGUUCAGCGUGGAUUCCAAGACACUGGAAAGGUUUUAUCAUGAGGAGAACCGGUGGAGUAAAAAAGUCGGGGGAUGGUUCAUUCUCCGAGAUGUCGAAUCGGAGGAAUAUGACGCCGACGAAGGUCUGCCGGAUUCCAAGGGCAACGAUUACAUGUAUGAGAUAAGAAACAUGGUGAUAAGCUCUGCAAGGAAUUGA